GAGGCUGCGGGAGGAGGCCGGAGCCUGGGAGGGAGCGGGCGCGCAGGCAGAGAUAGCCCCGCGCACGGGGAGGGAGGGGAGAGCGGCCGGCCCGGGGGAGGAACAAGAGGCGCCCGGCUGGGGAGGACGAUGCCGAGAGGAGGGCGGGCGCCGGCGGGGAGGACGGCCCCGGGCUCGGGCCCCCGCUGACGCCCCGGGGGCAGCCUCGCCACGGAAGCCGCCGCGGCCGCCGCCCCGGAGCCCAGCCCUCCUUCCAGCUCGGAGCGGCCCGGAGCCCUGCCCCUCCCCAAGAUGGGGGUCCCCGCGGGGCGUCCCCGGGGCGCGCAGGGUCCUGCCCAGCCGCUGCCCGCACAGCAGCCAGCGCCUAGGCGCCCGGGGGAGCGCUCCUGCCUGGGUGUCGGCCUCGCCGUCCGCGGAGACUCGGGGCGCCCGCAGGGGACGCGCAGGGGCCCCCGCCGGAGGGCCCCGCGCCCCGGGCCGGCCGCGGCCGUCCUCGCCAGCUGCCGCCUCCUGCUGCUGCUCCUGGGGCUGCUGGCGGCCGCCUCCUGCGCUGGCUCGGAGGAGUCGCAGAGAGACGGCGGGGGCCGCGGUCCCGAGAGGCGGCCUCCGGGGAACGCGCUCCCCAGGGAGCGGGGGCCCAGCGGCGGCCCCCCGCCGUCCUCCAACGACCCGGAAGCCCCCACCACCGAGAAGCCCCAAAGCAUCAACCCCAGGGACGCCUGGAUGCUUUUCGUCAGACAGUCCAACAAAGGGGUCAAUGGCAAAAAGAAGAGCACGGGGAAAUCCAGGAAGUACAAGCUGGGGCUCCCAGGGCCGCCCGGCCCCCCCGGUCCCCAGGGCCCCCCGGGGCCUUUCAUCUCGCCAGAGGAUUUAUGGAAGGAAUUCCAAGUGCUGCUGAAAGGGGCGGUGAAGCAUCGGGACAAGGUGGGCCCGAGGCCCUGCGAGGGCUGCGGGGCCGGGGACGCCGGGGACGCCGGGGCCGAGGAGGAGGAGAAGGCCGAGGCCGCGGCUGACGAGGAGGACGUCCUGGCCCUGGUGGCGGGGCCCCUGGUGGAGAGCCGGAGACCUCAGCGAGUGGAGGCCGCCUUCCACUGCCGGGUGCGGAGGAACACGUCCAUUGAGCGCCGGUCCCUGCAGGAGCUGCAGCUCUACCACCUGCCCGGAAAAGAGGGGUCGUUCCAGCGCGGGCCGGGGCUGAACCUCACCAGCGGCCAGUACACGGUGCCCAUCACGGGCUUCUACACCUUCGCCGCGACCCUGUACGUCGCGCCCAGCGGCGACCACCAGAAGAAGGCACCCUCUCGGUCCCGGGACCGCCUGCGGGUGCUGAUCUGCAUCCAGUCCCUGUGCCAGCGCAAUAUGUCUCUGGAGGCCAUCACCGGCCUGGAGCACAGCGGCGAGCUCUUCACCGUCACGGUGCACGGAGUCCUGUAUCUGCAGGCUGGCCAGUAUGUCUCGGUCUUCAUAGACAACGCGACCGGGUCGUCUCUCACCAUCCGCGGAGGUUCGGACUUCAGUGCCGUUUUCUUGGGGCUGUGAAGCCCUCCGUGACUCCGGUGUCUCCGUCCCCUUUCCUGAACUUUGUAAACUGAAGCUCUGCUGGAGAAGCAGCCCCACUCUCCCGGGCUGGGGGACCCCCAACGGCCACCAUUCCGACCUGUCCGUGACGGCCCCGCAUCUCGCCCCGGUGAUGUCCUUUACGCAACGGCGUGUUGGGGCUCGGGAUUGAAUGGUUCCGAGACUGGAGAAGUGACUGAACUACAAAGACUUUUCCCCUAAAGGAAACAGGGGACCCCGCUUAUCCCGGAAAACAUCUUCCCAACCCACUCCUGGAAGCCGCCUCUCCCGACUCUGACUUCCCUCUAUUCCCGCUGCCUCGGGGGCCGGCAAAACCUGCUGGCCAGCUGUGGGGCCUUCGAGCCGUGCUUCCCCCUGACUCCGUCUCCUCUAGGUGGUCUGGGUCGGUGGGGGAGAGGGAGGAGCUCAGGGGGCCUUCUCCGUUUUCCAGCUUGCAGUUAAAAGGUGUGAGACAAAUGGGACAGGGCGGCCCCGGGCUCCUCCACCUGAGGUCGGUCCUUUUGCUUUCUUGUCGACUUGGAAACCAUUCCUCCCUCCGAGCCAGCCUGGGCGGCAACAGGGACGUGAGGCUGGGUGAAAACGGAAGGGGCCACAAAGGGCGGAGCUGGACGGGGGGCCCGAGGAGCCAAAGCCGGGUCACCACGCUGGGAAGUGGGCUACAGCGUCCCCGGGGGCGUCCUCUACUUCUCCCCACUGCCCGGGGCUUGCAGGCCAGCGGGCCGCAGGUGGCUUGGCUCUGGACCCGAGGACACAGCGUCCCCAGGUGGCUCCCUUGGCCCUUGCACCACCCACAGCUCCCGGCUGGAGAGGGUCCCAUGUCCAAGCCUGCUGGGUAUGACCCCUCCUGGGGGACCCCGAUGAAGGUUGAUGUUUGGCAGUUCUCAAAGACCCCAGAACGCUCAGGCAGCUGCAGUGAACCUCGGGACUCCAGAGCCCCCGAUUUCUCAGUAAAACUUGUGCCCGCCCUACCUGGAAAUGAAGAAAACCUCCUCCUGAUAAGGGGCAGCGGCCGGGGCCUUCCCGGGACGGGAGCUUCCAAGAAGCUCUGCUGAGCUGCCCGUGGCCAUUGGCCUUGGGCAUCCCCUCCCCCCGGGCAGCCCGUUUGGCGGUUACUGACGCCCUCCCGAGUGCCCGAGAGCACAGGGUGGAGGAGCGGGGACCCCGAGGACACCGGCUCUGACCAAGAUGCUGGGCCUGGGCCAGCCCCCUCUCCCCUGCCCCACCCGGUCUCUGCAGGGCCUGCCCCCUGGGGGGGACGCCUCUCCCCAGCCUGUUGGGGAUGGAUUUCUUCUGCACAAAACCAUGAGUUAAAUAAACUCUGCGCUACUUGC